UUUGAAUUCAGAUUUCUGACAGAUGUGACAUUUGCUGUUAGGGACUGAGUACGGAGCGCUUUUAAAUAAAAUUAUUAUGUUUACCCGCUGCUAGAGACAGAAUUUUUGUGUGACAUUUAAAUUAAAUUUAUUUCUGCGGCGUUGGUUGAAUAGAAAAAUAGUGCUUUGUUGUCCGAUGCCCGCGCAGCCCAGCAUAAUGCCUUUAUUCGAUUUAAAAGUGUAUGUGCGAGUUGUCGCCGCUUUUUUUGCCAUCUCGUCAGCUACAGCCCUUGUGAUGUCCCUUCUUCGUUUGGUAAACCCAGAAUUAUAUUAUUUGGAACCUUUGGAUGGCAGCAAAGUUGUGAUACACUUCAUAUUCUCGGGUCUGAUGGUGCUGGCAAGCUGCAUAGGCUUCCUGAACAGUUGUGUGGUGAUGAACCGUUCUUCGUCGAAUAAUACUGGCCGCUAUAUCACCUCAUGGCUUCUCCUGGACUCGUUGUUCGAGAUCACUCGCGUCAUCUACGUCUUCGUUGGCGAAGUCGUGCUGAAAGGCGAUGGGCCUUUGCAGAUCUAUGAGCUGGUGAUAAGUGCUGUACAGUAUUUACUGGACAGCUUCCUUUACUGCCAAAUGAUCCUGCAACACUAAACGGAUUCAAAAGAUCUUCGUCUACCGAACAAGGCAACAUAUGAAAGCAUUUAAUAAUUCUCAAAGAAUUAUCCUCGGUGUGUGGAUUGUGUUGUAAGCAUAUUUAAGUUUUGUAUGUUGUCUCAUACAUUCCAAAGUAGCUGUGAUUGUGUGUUAAUCAGUAUUCAAUACUCGAAUAUCACAGAUUUAGAAAAUGUGUAUUUAUUGCUUUUUAAUUUAAGUAUUAUUUUUAAAAUGCAAUCAUAAUACAGGAUUGUGGAAAUGCCUUGUCCAUUUUAAUUAAUUGAUUAUGAGAAUGUGUAUUCAGUGUUUUAUUUUAAGUAUUUUAAAAUGCAAUCAUGUGCAGUAUUGGGGAAAUGCCUUAUCCAUUCAUUAGAAAAUAAUGUUUGGUCUUAUAAUGUUUACAAUUGUAAAUAUAUAAUUGUAUAAUUGAUGGCGCUAAUUUUGAGGUGCUUCUGUGCUAUUAUAACGAAAAUGUAUUUUAACACAAAUGUUGCCACAACAUAAUUCCACAGAAUAUCUAACUUUACACUAUUAUUUAAACCAUAUUAAAAUUUGGCAGUAUAGUGAUAUAUAUUGUGUCCACGCUAUGUGGUGAGAAAAUGGCCUAUUGAAAAUGUUGCAAGCCUAAAGAAGCUUUCGGGGGGGUAAUAAGUAUAGAAAUUAAAAAUUAAAACCAAAUAUUUUUGAAUAUUCAAAAAUUUAAAGCUAUGUACGGGCCAUCAUUAUUCUUUACAUAAAUUAUUCUAUGAUAAUGUAAAAUAACAUAGUACCUAUAAAGGCUCGCGCACAUUCACGCAUAGCAGACAAAAAUGUAGCUUUCAUAUAAAAUAUUGGGAUUUUUUUGUUAUACCAUAUACUGAGUGUGCGAACCUUGAAUAGAUCAGCUGUUUAUGUAACAUUGUCGAUUUUACUAAAAUUAAAACUAUCGAUAAUCUUUCCGAUCUUGACAACAUAUAAUUGUAUAUUUUGAAAGUAUUUUAGUGUAAUCGUUAUAAUCAACAUCUAGUUCUAUUAGAGCAAAUUUUUCAAUCAUUAGAAUAAGUUGUCCAUUUAGAUUAAUUAUAAUCUGGUUGAAUAUACUUAUUAUUAUUAGUAUUAACUUAUUUCACGGUUAUGUUGGUAAUUUUUAAUUUGUUCGUUUUAUUUUUUAUUACGUGAUAAUAUGUAUCUGGUGAUUGAAAAAUAGGCCUUAAGUAAAUGGGCACAUGUAGAUAAAUGUAGUUGUACCCACUAGUUGUCAACUGAAAUCGUUCACAAGUAUUAUUUUGUUCCUAAUUUUAUAUUAAGAUGUUAUGUAAUAUAAAAAUAGAUUCUAAUGAUUUUAUUGUAAGCAAAAGUCGAGGCAUUGGUAUUGCCCAGGUAUUGUCGGAUUUUAAUAGCCAUAGUAGGCCUAUCUAUUCUACCUCCAUAAGGAAAAAUUACGUCACAACGUAAAAUUCUCUACUGAAAAAAGAAAACAAGUUAGGAUUCGUCUUUUUUUCUUAUGACGGUAAUAUUUGCACCAAUGCGAGUGGAGCUAGGAAUAAAUGUUAACCAAUAAGAACGCACAACAGCCAUGUCAUUUGUUUUCUGCAACCCUAUUGGUUAGAAUAAUCUGUUCUCGGCUAUACAGGCUGUUGCUGAAGUUGGUGUAAAUUCGAAAUUUGAAUCGCACCUGUCAAACUAGAAAAAGACGUUACGUUCAAAUAUCUACACUGAACGUGAUAUAUUAUGGAUUUAUUUUUGCAUUAGAUAACAAGUUUUACCUUUUUUACGAAGAAGUAUAUCUUUGAUUUAUUAUAAUUUAUUAAUUUAAGCAAGAUGUAAUUUUAAACUUUAUUUUUAUUUAAUUAAAGAACGAGACGAGCAUGCCGGUCGCCUGACGGUAAGGGAUAUGAUUACCCAUAAACAAUAGGAACAUAGUGCAAACUUUGUAUUACAUAGUACUGUGUGGCACUCCACUGCGCUCGUCAUCCUGAGACAUGAGAUGUUAAGUCUCAAUGCCCAGUAGUUAAAAAGGGUAUCAAAAAUAUUUCAUCUAUAUUAUCUGUGAUUUUAAAAUAUUAGAUUAAGAAAAGUCUUUCCAAACUAAAUAUUUCCUCAUUACAAAAGUUAUUCCAAAAAUUGUGAUUGUAAAUUAUUUUGGAUCACAUUAACACUAGUCAUCAGAAUCUAUUGUUUACAGUGUUUUGUUAUAGAUGUAUGAAUUUUUGUUAAUUUUUACAAAUAUGUUUUAUUUUAAGACUAAUAGUCGUAUGUUCUGAAAGGACGAAUUUAUUCGAAAUAAAAUGUUUAAUGUAGUUUGUUUUAGAAUAUGUAAAAAUACAAGUACUGAAUUUACUUGUAUUUUUACAUAUCAGUGUUUAUGUUUACUGUGUUCCUUUCAGAAUCGUCUAUAAAUGUAUAGGGUUAUGACACGGCCUAAUCGUGUUGUAGAAGAAAUAAAAUCAUAUUUAUAAUUAA